CCCUUUCGAACACCGUUCUGAAUCCACGUCUCUCGCAAGCUUCUUCGAAGAUAUUCCAAGAUGACCGGUAGAGGAAAAGGAGGCAAAGGCUUGGGAAAAGGUGGCGCGAAACGUCAUCGCAAAGUCCUGCGCGACAACAUCCAGGGCAUAACGAAACCGGCCAUCAGAAGAUUGGCCCGUCGCGGCGGUGUGAAACGUAUCUCCGGGUUGAUCUACGAAGAAACCAGAGGCGUCCUCAAGGUGUUCCUCGAGAACGUGAUCCGUGACGCCGUCACCUACACCGAACACGCCAAACGUAAGACCGUCACCGCCAUGGACGUCGUCUACGCUUUGAAACGUCAAGGACGCACCCUCUACGGUUUCGGCGGUUAAUUUUUUGCAAUAGCAAGAAAUUUAAUCGUCGGUGAUUUUGAUUCUUUGACUUUUCCGUAUAUACGCCACGACAACAAACGAGAUCGGAGAAAAAAAAAAAACGGUUCUUUUCAGAACCACAAAAUUUUUCUAACGAAUAAAAAAUUUCGCUUACUAUAUGUCGAGAAUAAAUAAUGAAUGAAUGAAUGAAUGAAUGAAUGGUUGGUUGUGUUGGUUUUUUUUAAAGAAAUAAUA